AGGUGUGAUAUUAGCCAAAUCGAUCGGCUCCCUGAUUAAAUGAAAAUCAGUUACAAAGCACUUUUAGAUCUCUACAGCGAUUAUGAAAUGGAGUUAUCAAAGGAUGGUAGAUCCGAUGUUGUUCACUAUGAAAAAGAAAGAAUGAAAGAAAUAGUGAGAAACUAUUUUGUGGAAGCAAAAUGGUUCAUUGAAGGAUAUAUGCCGCCUGUUUCUGAGUAUCUUAGCAAUGCAUUAGCUACUAGCACUUAUUACUUGCUUACCACUACAUCCUACUUAGGCAUGAAGUGUGCUACCAAGGAAGAUUUUGAAUGGUUGGCCAACAACCCUAAAAUUCUUGAAGCCAAUGUGACCUUUUGCCGAGUCGUUGAUGACAUAGCCACAUAUGAGGUUGAGAAGGAUAGAGGUCAGAUUGCAACCGGAAUUGAGUGUUACAUGAGAGAUUAUGGAGUAUCAACAGAAGAGGCAAUGGAAAAAUUUCAAGAGAUGGCUGAUAUUGCGUGGAAGGAUGUAAAUGAAGGAAUUCUACGACAUCUACAAAGAUUCUCACUCGUAUUCUCAAUCUUGCUCGCAUUAUUGAUGUCACUUACAAGCACAAACAAGAUGGAUACACUCAUCCUGAAAAAUGGCACAGACGGGAAAAUAGAAGGGGAGAAAAAGAGAGAUUGUCAGGGGAGGAGAGCCAGGGAAGAGGCUGUGCAUGGAAUGGGCAAUUAG